AAAAAAAAUAUAACUUCCAUUAUACAGUAGCAAGGCUUGCACCAUGUCGGCCCUUGACAUAGAACAGCAGGCCGACAUGAAGCCGCAGACCGAACAACCCUCCUGUCCUCCAACUCAUACCCUCCAGGUGGAACAUCAACACCAUGAACAUCUUCAACACACAGCAGAAACUGUAGCUCUAAACUGCAGCUGCUGCGAAGAAACCCUAGCAGGGGGUCCGAGAGACGGUUUGGAUGCCUGCUCUGGAAUUCUGUUGAUUAUCGCCACCCUCAUCAGUGAGUACGCCGCUAUUUCUUUGAUUCUUAGUCCGAAAAAAAGCUAAUGAACUCCAG